AGUUACUCUAGGAGCAAUUAAGAGCAGCUCAAAAUGAAAUUACGGUGUUUAAUCUUCAGUGCAUUCGUGUGCCUUCUCGUCUUCCGCGCAGCAGAAGCGAGAGCAUACGCCAAGACUGAAGCCAGCAGCUACAGCUCAAGCAACUCCGAAACCGAGAGCAAAAGCGGUGACGAAGGCAGCGGCAGCAGCAGCAGCAGCAGCAGCAGCAGCAGCAGCAGCAGCAGCGAAGGCAGCGGCAGUGGCAGCAUGAGUGGGAGUGAGUCCAGUAGCGGCAGCAAAAGCGCCGGCGAAGGCAAAGACAGCGGCAAGAGCGGCAGCAGCAGCAUGAGUAAGAGUGAGUCCAGUAGCGGCAGCAAAGGCAGCGGCAGCGGCAGCAUGAGUGAGAGUGAGUCCAGUAGCAGCAGCAAAAGCGUCGGCGAAGGCAAAGACAGCGGCAAGAGCGGCAGCAGCAGCAUGAGUAAGAGUGAGUCCAGUAGCGGCAGCAAAGGCAGCGGCAGCGGCAGCAUGAGUGAGAGUGAGUCCAGUAGCAGCAGCAAAAGCGUCGGCGAAGGCAAAGACAGCGGCAAGAGCGGCAGCAGCAGCACGAGUAAGAGUGAGUCCAGUAGCGGCAGCAAAAGCGUCGGCGAAGGCAAAGACAGCGGCAAGAGCGGCAGCAGCAGCACGAGUAAGAGUGAGUCCAGUAGCGGCAGCAAAGGCAGCGGCAGCGGCAGCAUGAGUGAGAGUGAGUCCAGUAGCGGCAGCAAAAGCGUCGGCGAAGGCAAAGACAGCGGCAAGAGCGGCAGCAGCAGCACGAGUAAGAGUGAGUCCAGUAGCGGCAGCAAAAGCGUCGGCGAAGGCAAAGACAGCGGCAAGAGCGGCAGCAGCAGCACGAGUAAGAGUGAGUCCAGUAGCGGCAGCAAAAGCGUCGGCGAAGGCAAAGACAGCGGCAAGAGCGGCAGCAGCAGCACGAGUAAGAGUGAGUCCAGCAGCAGCAGCAAAGGCAGCGGCAGCGGCAGCAUGAGUGAGAGUGAGUCCAGUAGCGGCAGCAAAAGCGUCGGCGAAGGCAAAGACAGCGGCAAGAGCGGCAGCAGCAGCACGAGUAAGAGUGAGUCCAGUAGCGGCAGCAAAAGCGUCGGCGAAGGCAAAGACAGCGGCAAGAGCGGCAGCAGCAGCACGAGUAAGAGUGAGUCCAGUAGCGGCAGCAAAAGCGUCGGCGAAGGCAAAGACAGCGGCAAGAGCGGCAGUGGCAGUGUUAAGGGUAACAAUGGCAGCGGUAAGGUUGACAGCGAUAAAGGCAGCAAAGGCAGUGAUAAGGGUGGCAGUGGCAAUGACAGCGGCAAGGGUGGCAGCGGUAGCAAUAAGGGUGGCAGUGGCAGUGAAAGCGAUAAGGGUGGCAGCGGUAGCGCUAAGGGCAGCAGUGGCAGCGAUAAAGGCGGAAGCGGCAGUAAUAAGGGUGGCAGCGUAAGGGACAACAGCUGCGGUAGCAACAGCGAAGGCAGCAGCGUCGAAGGCGGUCACGGCGGUGCUAGCGACAAGACCAGCACCACGAGUAAGAGUGAGUCCAGUAGCGGCAGCAAAAGCGUCGGCGAAGGCAAAGACAGCGGCAAGAGCGGUAGCAGUAGCACGAGUAAGAGUGAGUCCAGUAGCGGCAGCAAAAGCGUCGGCGAAGGCAAAGACAGCGGCAAGAGCAGCAGCAGCAGCACGAGUAAGAGUGAGUCCAGCAGCAGCAGCAAAGGCAGCGGCAGUGGCAGCAUGAGUGAGAGUGAGUCCAAUAGCGGCAGCAAAAGCGUCGGCGAAGGCAAAGACAGCGGCAAGAGCGGCAGCAGCAGCACGAGUAAGAGUGAGUCCAGUAGCGGCAGCAAAAGCGUCGGCGAAGGCAAAGACAGCGGCAAGAGCGGCAGCAGCAGCACGAGUAAGAGUGAGUCCAGUAGCGGCAGCAAAAGCGUCGGCGAAGGCAAAGACAGCGGCAAGAGCGGCAGCAGCAGCACGAGUAAGAGUGAGUCCAGUAGCGGCAGCAAAAGCGUCGGCGAAGGCAAAGACAGCGGCAAGAGCGGCAGCAGCAGCACGAGUAAGAGUGAGUCCAGUAGCGGCAGCAAAAGCGUCGGCGAAGGCAAAGACAGCGGCAAGAGCGGCAGCAGUAGCACGAGUAAGAGUGAGUCCAGCAGCAGCAGCAAAGGCAGCGGCAGCGGCAGCAUGAGUGAGAGUGAGUCCAGUAGCGGCAGCAAAAGCGUCGGCGAAGGCAAAGACAGCGGCAAGAGCGGCAGCAGCAGCACGAGUAAGAGUGAGUCCAGUAGCGGCAGCAAAAGCGUCGGCGAAGGCAAAGACAGCGGCAAGAGCGGCAGCAGCAGCACGAGUAAGAGUGAGUCCAGUAGCGGCAGCAAAAGCGUCGGCGAAGGCAAAGACAGCGGCAAGAGCGGCAGCAGCAGCACGAGUAAGAGUGAGUCCAGCAGCAGCAGCAAAGGCAGCGGCAGCGGCAGCAUGAGUGAGAGUGAGUCCAGUAGCGACAGCAAAAGCGUCGGCGAAGGCAAAGACAGCGGCAAGAGCGGCAGCAGCAGCACGAGUAAGAGUGAGUCCAGUAGCGGCAGCAAAAGCGUCGGCGAAGGCAAAGACAGCGGCAAGAGCGGCAGCAGCAGCACGAGUAAGAGUGAGUCCAGCAGCAGCAGCAAAGGCAGCGGCAGCGGCAGCAUGAGUGAGAGUGAGUCCAGUAGCGGCAGCAAAAGCGGCGGCGAAGGCAAAGACAGCGGCAAGAGCGGCAGCAGCAGCACGAGUAAGAGUGAGUCCAGCAGCAGCAGCAAAGGCAGCGGCAGCGGCAGCAUGAGUGAGAGUGAGUCCAGUAGCGGCAGCAAAAGCGGCGGCGAAGGCAAAGACAGCGGCAAGAGCGGCAGCAGCAGCACGAGUAAGAGUGAGUCCAGCAGCAGCAGCAAAGGCAGCGGCAGCGGCAGCAUGAGUGAGAGUGAGUCCAGUAGCGGCAGCAAAAGCGUCGGCGAAGGCAAAGACAGCGGUAAGAGCGGCAGCAGCAGCAUGAGUAAGAGUGAGUCCAGCAGCGGCAGCAAAGGCAGCGGCAGCGGCAGCAUGAGUGAGAGUGAGUCCAGUAGCGGCAGCAAAAGCGGCGGCGAAGGCAAAGACAGCGGCAAGAGCGGCAGCAGCAGCAUGAGUAAGAGUGAGUCCAGUAGCGGCAGCAACGGCAGCGGCAGCGGCAGCAUGAGUGAGAGUGAGUCCAGUAGCAGCAGUGGUGACAGCGACGAGAGCGAAAGCACCAGCAGCACCAGCAGCAGCAGCAGCAGCAGCAGCAGCACCAGCAGCACGGAUGCUGAGUCAGAGAGCUGGAGCAGCAGCGACAGCUAUACGUCACUCACCGAUUAAAUCUUCAAGUAGAUAUGAAACCGAGACGUGUGAAACUUGGAAAAUGAACCUGGCUAAAAAUUAAUUAUUACCAGAAUUAAUUAUGAAACUUGUAUGCGUAUGGCAAGAUUGAAACUGAACUAAAAGGCAAUCUAGCAUAUCGAAGCAUUAUCGCGAAACUUUAUUACAUUACACAGGUAGGUAAUGACCCUUUUGGAUUGGGUAUACUUUCACAGCCUGAAUCGCUUUUAGACUCAUACUCUACAUGAGAAAAAUAUUAAUUAUUGAAUGAAUUGAAUCGAACUGACAGCAAAUCGUUUCAAAAUUCGACACAAAAAAAUUCUACAAUCGUGGUUGAAAUUUUGUGAAAGUAGGUUUUUAUAUCUGAAAAAGUUCACUCUCACUCUGAAAGUAAUUCUUAUCGAGAUUCCGUCUCUGGAACCAUAUCACAUAAUUUAUCACCGACCGUUUUAUUAACGGUGACGGAUCAGAUCGAACUCAAACUUAAGAUCGAAAUUACUACUCAGAUUAGGUACGAAUGUGUACUAUUAUACUAAAACACUACCCAACUAAUCCAAAACUAUCACAGUAAGCAUAUAAAAAUCACUUACGGCAACAAAACGGUAAUCAAAGUUUAGGAUAGGCUAGCAGCCUUUUUCGACCAUUAUAUUUUGAUUAUCCGUAUUAUUAGAAUAGCAAUUCGUCCGUGAAACCCGUCAGAGAACAACCAGCAAGAAGUCCAUGUUGCAAUAUACGAGUAUUUUCAAUACAAUCGUGCUUAAAAUUUGUCAGGACACGAUAAAAAAAACUGUUCUAUUAAAUCCAGUAGUAAUUAUAGCUGAAAAAAUGCAAUUAAUACAACAAACGACUAAGAAAAAAUUAUAAUUAUAUUAUAGAGUUUUUAUUUUAAUAUACGGCGGAUAUUUUAAACUUCGUGCACAUCUUUGUUGCUGCAUGAAAUCAUUUUAGUAUCUAUCGUAGAAGCAUUUUAGAUUGUAUUGUGAAUCGAAUAUUUAUUCAAAUAUUAUUAUUUAUUUUUUCAAUUAUGUUCGCUUAUCUUGUAUAAUAAAUAAUAUUGAUGAAAUAUUUUGCACGUCUUCUUCAUUGACUAAUGGAAUCUCUAAACUGCACUAGCACUAGCUAUUAUAUUUCAGUGGUCCUCGCAUGAUGAACAUUUAAAACUCAGUUCCAAGACCAUGUUAAUUGCAGUGUCACUUAGUUUGAAUACCCUGUUCAGUGAGUGAACUACAGUGUUUUGAUAUGUUUCGGUGCAGUGAAAUGCUCAAAAAUGUACAAAAUUUGCGUUUGAGGCCAACAGAUUUCAAAGCUUACUGUUAAAUCUCCACAGUUGACGGAGUUAUCGAAUGCAGUUUCUAAACCGUACCGAUUCGACACUGACAGGGCUUAUUGGCUAACUUACGCUCAAUGUGUGUGAAAUUGAAACUGCACUUAUGCCAAAGAAAAUACGCGUUACACUCUAGUGUGUAAAAUGUAGCCUUUAAAUUCAACAGUCAAUGAUUGUCUCUGAGUAAACUAAAGUAAGCAACUUGAAGGAAGAAAAUUAAACAAUUAUGAAGCAAUAUAUAAUACGUAAUAAUAUACGUAAAUGUAUAACACAUGACGUCUCUUCCCUGUACGAGAAAAUUGAACAGUCAUAUUAAACCAUUGACCAAUAGCAGUCAAGGAUACGCGUAACAGGAAGCCAGCGUUCCAAGGGGAAAAGGAACGUAUGUAUGUUGCAUCUAGACGCUUCUGAUUGUGAUAAAAGGAUGAGACAGCGAACGCUAAUAACGCUAUACUCGGUCUCACUCGCCACCUAUGACGUGAAGUGUGACACGUUGCAGCAACGCGUGGUUAAACUUUGACCCAUCAGCUUCGAAACGAAAUUAAACUAGGUGCUCAGCAUUCCAGUACCCAGUUUAUUCUUCAGCCGCAGACUGUGAGUAGCCAAAAAACAAAUCAAUAUCGAAUAUCGCUGCAGAAAAUCCUUCCUUGCAGCAUCGAUCGGCCAAGUUAUACGUUGCGUUGGUUCGAGCAUUUCUUCGCCUUCCCUGUAUCUUCAAACUUAUUCAACGAAGGCCGAUUUUAAUUCUCGUCAGCAACAAUGGACCUGUUCAACAAAGCAAUGCACAGCAACGACUUCGGUUUACGAAGAUAUUAUCCGUGGUCGGGGUACAUUAAUCACGAGCCGUGGGUUACUGGCCGCGUAUCUAACAGGGAACGGAAAUACGUCUGGUCCCAUAUGCAGGACGUAUUUUGUUGGAACGAGAUGACCGUCAAAAGGAUUGAGAACCCAUUUCUCUGGGCACGAUAUGCCUUACGAUACGAAGAAAUGAGGAUCGACUCUGCAUCUAGAGAUGUGUCGGAGGACAUUGUGAUACAUGCUACAUCCAUCUCGAGUGCCUAUGAAAUAGCUG